AUGGCGCCACCUGUAGGCAAACGUGUCAAAGGCGUACAGAUCUAUCGGCCAUUCAUCUACGGCACCACCGCGCGUCCCUUCAACGAUACCGACAACCCGCGACCUGCCGGCGUUCCCGCCGAUCAUACGCACUCAUGGCAGGUGUUUGUAAAGGGCGUCGACGACACCGAUAUCUUCUACUGGCUGCGGCGCGUGCAGUUCAAGCUACACGAAUCUAUCCCGAACCACCUGCGCACCAUCGAUGCUGAGACCAUUAUGAAGGAGAAUGAAGGCAAGCCUCCAUCUCAGCGCCAGAAAUCCUUCGUCGUCAACGAGACGGGUUGGGGCGAGUUCGAAAUCACCAUCAGAUUAUAUUACGAUAGCCGCAGCAGCGAAAAACCUCAAACUUUGUAUCAUCAUCUAAGAUUGCACCCGUACGGUCGCACCGAGGCCGAAAAAGAAGUCAUGCGUAAUGGCGGCGAGGUCGUAGCCUGGGUGUACGAAGAGCAGCUCUUCAACGAGCCCUUCGAAGAUUUCUACAAGAUCCUAACGACCGGUGCGCGCGACAAGAACGCCUCCGCCGGCGGCAAGGGCGGCAAAGGCAAAGGGAAAAGCGCGCAACAGCAGCAAUCUAAUACCAGUGAUAACGGCAGCGAGGUAAAAGAGCGCAGCGCCAUGAUCCCGCUGACUAACCGUCCGGGCCAACCCUUCAGCCGCGAAACCGAACAGCUCGAGAUUAAGAGGCUCAAGGAGGCUGGGGAUAAGGUCCACCAGAUGGUGCUCGAGAUGACCAAGUCGGUCAAGGCAAAGGAGGCCGAGCUCGCCGCCCUAAAGAAGGCGACUGCGGCGGCGGUCGCCUCCGGCGCGUAG